UCGUAUUUGAAAGUUACAACCCGCAGCGGCCGGAGUCGAUCGUACGGGCUCGCUGGCCGGGAGCCCACGCGCCCCACUAGCAGCUUGCGCACGUCGACGGCGAGCUCACGGGAAGCGCGCGCACCCCCGGCCAUACGCGACGGCGAUGGCGGCGCCCUGCGCCCACAUGGCAUACCGCAGCCGCGGGUCACGACUCGCGGGUGCAGCCAGCCACGGAUGCGGCACGGGCGCGCGCAAGGCCGACAAGGAACGGAACGGAACCCAGCGCGGCGCCACGUUGCUGUCCGUGCUGUCCCUUGAUCGAUAGGCAGGACAGAACUGUAGAAGAUUCGUCAAGUGAUUGCUUAUUUUAUUCCGCUGGGGAUGGGGGGUUUGGGUUUGGUUGUGCGUUGGCGGCGAUGGAGGCGGUGUGGGAGGCGGUGGCGCUGGUGAAGCUGCGGGUGGCGGCGGGGCGGGUCAAGCUCCAGAUCCCGCCGCAGGAGGAGGAGGAGCACUGGGCCUUCGCCUACGACAUGCUCCAGAAGGUCUCCCGGAGCUUCGCGUUCGUCAUCCAGCAGCUCGGACCCGACCUGCGCAAUGCCGUGUGCAUCUUCUACCUCCUGCUCCGAGCUCUGGACACUGUUGAGGAUGACACUAGCAUCCCUACCGAGGUGAAGCUGACGAUCCUUCAGGAAUUCCACCGCCAUGUCUACAACCCUAGCUGGCAUUAUUCAUGUGGAACAGGGAACUACAGAGUGCUGAUGGAUAAGUUUAGAUACGUCUCCACUGCUUUCUUGGAGCUGGAUCAAGGAUGUCAAGAGGCAAUCAAAGAAAUCACUAAGCGAAUGGGAGAAGGAAUGUCAAAAUUUAUAUGCAAGGAGGUUGAAACUGUUGACGACUAUGAUGAGUACUGUCACUAUGCAGCAGGGCUAGUGGGAUAUGGACUUUCCAGGCUCUUUCAUGCUGCUGGGACGGAAAAUCUAGCUUCAGAUCAACUUUCAAAUUCAAUGGGCUUAUUUCUGCAGAAAAUCCAUAUAAUAGGGGAUUAUUUUGAGGACAUAAGUGAGAUACCAAAGCGCCGUAUGUUCUGGCCUCGAGAAAUAUGGAGUAAAUAUGUUGAGAAACUUGAGGAUUUGAAAUAUAAGGAAAAUUCAGAAAAGGCAGUGCAGUGCUUGAAUGAUAUGGUGACUAAUGCUUUGAUUCAUGCCAAAGAUUGCCUUCAAUACAUGUCUGCGUUGAAGGAUGAUACCGUUUUCCGUUUAUGUGCAAUACCUCAGAUAAUGGCUAUGGGAAACUUUGCUAUCUGCUACAAUAAUGUGAAUGUCUUUCGAGGACUUGUGAAGAUGAGGCAUGGGCUUACUGCACGAGUAAUUGAUGAAACAAAAUCAAUGUCAGAUGUCUAUACUGCUUUCUACGAGUUUUCUUCAUUGCUAGAGUCGAAGAUUGAUGAUAAUGAUCCAAGUGCUGCGCUAACACGGAAACGUGUGGAUGCAAUAAAGAAAACUUGCAAGUCAUCCGGUUUGCUAAAGAGAAGGGGAUAUGACUUGGAAAAGCCAAAGUAUAUGCCUGUGCUGAUCAUGCUUGCACUUAUGUUGGCUGCUGUUGUCUUGGGUGUACUGUAUGCCAAGUAAACAUGCCAAGGAGGCAACCAAGCAAAUCCGGUACGCUAAUCAGUUUCAAAGAACUUGAUGGUUUUGUUCUGUACCUUUGAUUUAGAGAAGGUCCCUGCUGCCCAACAGCCCAAGGCUUUUUCUGAAUGGCAUGUGUCAUGUGUGGCUAUUUCGGUCUUGUUCUUUGUCUCCAAGUCCAAGUGGGAACAACAGCCCCAUGUACCCGGCCUGUUGGGCCCGGUAUUCGUGCACAACAAUGAGUACCAUUUUUAUUUUCCAAA